AAUCAACCCAAAUUCACAAAUCAAAUCCCUCUCUAUCCUUUUUGGUUUCUUCAUCGGAAAAAAAACAAAGCCUGUUUCUUUUCAGCUCAGAAAUGAAUGUUUACGAGACUGGUUUCAUAUCUGAAACCCCACAAAGUGAAGAAGAUAUGGACGUAAAGAAAGGUCCAUGGACUGAAGAAGAAGACUUCACGCUUAAAGCUUAUGUUAAUAUCCAUGGCGAAGGUCGCUGGAACUCAGUUGCUCGCUUAUCAGGAUUGAAAAGAACCGGCAAAAGCUGUAGAUUAAGAUGGCUGAACUAUUUGAGACCGGAAGUGAGACGUGGGAACAUUAGUCUCCAAGAACAGCUAUUGAUUCUUCAACUCCAUUCUCAAUGGGGCAACAGAUGGUCUAAAAUUGCACAACACUUGCCUGGAAGGACAGACAAUGAGAUAAAGAACUAUUGGAGAACCAGAGUCCAAAAACAGGCGAAACAGCUUAAAUGCGACGUUAACAGCAAGCAAUUCAGGGACGCCAUGCGGUACGUUUGGAUCCCUCGUCUGGUCGAACAAAUCUGCUCUUCAUCCGGAUCCCACUCGGCUCAACAAUCCUCCUCCACCACCACCACCACCUACGCAGAUACGAUCGGUUCGGUCCGAGUUGACCCGAGACUCUUGCCCGAGUUAUCAGGCACUUCAUCAGAUUCCCUGGACGCCCAAGUCUCUUCCGUUUCAGACCUGACCAAUUCAAAAUACCCGAAUAGCUUACAAAACGGGUCGGGUUCAGGAAAUACAAUAGCGGGAACAUGGGGUGGGGUUGAAAUUGAGGCGACGGACGGUGGAGAUUCGAUGGAGAGUGUGUGGAAUGAAGAGAAUAUUUGGUUCCUAAGACAGCAGCUUUAUGAUGACGAUGAUUUGAAUUAGCUUACGUGACGUAUAAUAUUAAAGUUUUAUAUAUCUUAAAACAUUUUCGCCAUUAAUUUGCUACUUAUAGUCUAGAGAGGCUAUCUAACAGUAAACACCACAAAAUUUGAAGUAAUGUAAAUGAAUCACCCAACAAUAUCUGGUUGAUAGAGAUUUAUAGCAGUACAAUAUACCAUUUCAAUUAAUCAAUUUUGUUCUUUCA